ACGUGACGCCCCCUCGGCCCCGCAAGAUGGCGGCGCCCAUGUUGCUGCCCGAGCCCCCCCUGGGGAAGCCGAGCCAUCAAAAGUACAGAGCUAUUCUGAAGAAAGAGAAGAGGAAAAAAAAGCGGCAGGCGCUUGCCAAACUAAGGGACUCAGAAGCUACAGAAAAAGAUGAAUCUGUGUCUGAGGAGGAAGAGGAGGAAGUGGAGAAAGAGGAGGAAGAAGAAGAAGAAAAAAAACUUGAGGCAGAAAGACAAAAACUACAUGAGCAGUGGUUGCUGAGAGAAGAAAAGGCCCAAGAAGAGUUCAAGCUAAAGAAAGAAAAAGAAGAGGCUGCAAGAAAACGGCAAGAAGAAGAAGAGAGGAAGAUCAAAGAAGAAUGGGAAGAGCAGCAAAGAAAAGAGAGAGAAGUGGCACAGCAGAAACAACAGGAGAAGAAAGAGAGAGAGGCAGCUGUGCAGAGGAUGCUGGAUCAAGCUGAAAGCCAGCUGGAGAAUGGUGUGAGUUGGCAUAACCCAGAGCCCCCAGAGAAUCUGGGAACAGAGAAGGAUAGAGCGAAUUGCCCCUUCUAUAUUAAAACAGGUUCCUGCCGAUUUGGAGACAGGUGUUCUCGCAAGCAUAACUACCCAACAUCCAGCAAGACGCUCCUCAUCCGAGGGAUGUUCAUCACCUUUGGCAUGGAACAGUGCCGCAGGGAUGACUAUGACACAGAUGCGAGUCUCGAGUACAGUGAUGAGGAGACCUACCAGCAGUUCCUGGAGUUCUAUGAGGAUGUGCUCCCUGAAUUUCAGAAUGUGGGGAAGGUUGUUCAGUUCAAGGUCAGCUGUAACUACGAGCCUCACCUGCGAGGAAAUGUCUAUGUCCAGUACCAGUCGGAGAAGGACUGUCAGGCAGCCCUGGCCCUGUUCAGUGGACGAUGGUACGCAGGCAGACAGCUUCACUGUGAAUUCUGUCCUGUGACGAGGUGGAAAACUGCUAUUUGUGGCUUAUUUGAAAGGCAGAAGUGUCCAAGAGGGAAACACUGCAACUUUCUUCAUGUAUUCAAAAACCCAAACAAUGAGUUCUGGGAGGCCAACAGAGACAUACGUAUUUCUCCUGAACGGACUAAUCAGUUGUCUAAAAACUCUGAAAGGAGAAACAGAUCAAGCCAUCGUGAUGACUAUUACAGCCGGUCCAGGAGAAGGGGCAGCCCAAGCCCAGAUCACUCUUACCGGAGAAAUGGAGAAUCCGAGAGAAAAAAGAACCGCCGCAAAAGCAAGAGGCGGCACCGAUCGGGCCGGUCGAGGAGCCGGGAGAGGAGGAGGUCUCACAGCAGGGGCAGGAAGAGGAGAGGCCGCAGUCGCAGCAGAAGUCACAGUCGAACUCGCAGUCGCAGCAGAAGCCGGAGUUCCUCUCGAUCCAGGAGCAGGGGUAAAAAGAGAUCGAGCAGCAGAGGAAAAAAUAGUGAAACUCCCAAAACAAAGUGAGAGUUACUUUUAGAAAUCGGUAAUUGAUCAAAAAUAGAUCUGACAGAGAAAUCUUUACAAUAGGGCACCAGAUAUAUUUUGAGUUUCAAAUAAAGUGGUGUUACACAUUAAAAUGUUUCUUCCUAAUAAAGGAACCUAGUUUAUUGUGUGCUAAGCUUCAGAGAAUUAAAAGUUUUAAGUCCUAUAGAAGGUGUGAACGUCAAGUACUCUAGCUACUCUGUCCCUCCGAACUGCUGCGACACCUGGAUACACACUGAGUACAAAUAGAGAAGUAAAGCCUCUUUGGUAUAUGCUUAUUUCUGUUAUGUGUGUGUUAAGUGUUUCCUGUCCCUGUAGGGAGUUAGUACAGAACAGCCAGUGUGCAGUAAAUUCACACCCUUGCACACUGCAGACCAAGGUCUGUGUAGACACUGCCGUUUGUACUUUUUCAUCUGUUUAUGGGAAAUCUCUUUCUAGACAAAGUAAAUAUAAUCGUAUUAUGAGUUUGAGUAAAGGGAUCUCAAAGACAUUACUGUUUGAUUGUACAGUACUUGCCCAGUAGGAGCUUUGUGGUCAUGAGUGUUGGAUUUUUCUCUCUCCCCUGACUUGAGCUGCUGAGCUAAUUGCCUGUAGGGAUUGCAGUAGACUAAAACCGAGUAGGAAGUACACAGAGAAACAAUCGAUUUAUUCAGUACCUUAAUCCCCAAGUAAGAGCUGAGACCAUGCAACUGUAAUCCUCCAGCAAGGAUAGAAAAUACUUCACAUACUUAUUGGCUGCACACCACUUGUAGGGGAAAACAACUUGCCUAACCUGUGCUGGAGGGGUGGAAGUGUCUCAACUGGGAACCAAAGAUGCAAAUGGGAUUGCAAAGGCUCAAUCGAGAUAGUUGCACAGUGGCUGAAGAAAGUGAAGGUUUUAUACCUGAAAGAAUACUUUGGUUUUGGGAGAGGAGGACUUGACUUUUUAUGGUUUUUUUAGGUUUAUUUUACAAACAGUUUUAGGCACCCUACUUGCCUCACUUUCCUACAGCCAAGGUAGAGAGUAGGGUACAUAAAAAUGAAGUUAAAGGGACAAAACUUUUUUGAAAUGACAUCUGUAUUAGUAAAGUACCUGCAGUUAGAUAAAUCCUUACUAAUAUUUUUUCACUUUUAAACAAAAGAUUUGUGCUGUUAGAUGGACUGUUCUUCAUAUAGCUUAACUUUAGGUAUUUAACUUGGGCACCUCAGAUGCUUGGAGAGAGCAGUUUGUGGGGCUGAAGGUGCAGGUCUGCAGAGAUACCUCCCUCUCUUUAGCCUCUCCAAAGAACUUGUGCUCCUGCCCUUAGAAUACAGAUCAGACCCCACGAGUUAGAAGCCUGAAGUAGGCAUGAAGUGCUCCCAAACAGGAAUUCAUUAAGACUCCAGUGAUGUAACAUGAACUACCAUAGAAAAUCUGGAUUAUCCAAACUUUACCAAUAGCAUUUCUCACAGCAAGAACGUUUUUUUCCCCCCAGGAUAGUUAAGAGUGAGUGAACAUUGCUUCUGGACGCAGUAUAUAAUUAUUUUUGCUUUUCUAAAUGCAUACUGCACCUAGCAUGCUGAUUAUACAUUUUUCCUUCUUUCUUCAUGUGUAACUGUUGACCAAUAUGGAGUAAUACAACAAAAGUGCUAUGUAUUGAUGUUCAGUUCAAACCCGAUUUUCACUAUAUAUUGUCAUAACUGUAGGCAGAGCUGUAGCUUAGUUAAUUUGAUUAAAUGUUUUAGUUAUUAACAGAUGUAGGAAUUGUAAUUUAAUAGCAUAACUUUUAAAAUAAUAACUUUGAAAGGCGUAUUUCAAAGGAUAGACAGCACUAAUUUUAAAUUCCAUUUGAGAAAUUUGUGACCAUCAUAUAUUUCUCAUAACAUACCUUUUUCUGACUGCACCUUACAGACAGAUUUUCCCUGAGGUUUCUGUUUUUCUGUAGAUGCUCAAUUGUCUCAGUGGUCACUUGUGCAGCACGUGGCAAACUCUGGUUCAGUUCCCUGGAGCAGAACUGAACUGGCAUUUCCUGUGUGCAGAGAUGCCACUAGCAGGCUGGGAUCUUUCUUUCCCUGGGGCUGCCUUUCUUCCCACAGCUCGUGCUGCUGACCCAGCCUGCUGGCCAAGGCUCUCCAGUGGGAGAGCUGCCUUGGACCAUCUGCAGACGCUGUGCAUCCCUUGUCACGCGGCCGGGCUGUGGCAGAGCAUUAUCCCAGCAAAAUCAAUUAUUGAGCUCAAGGAGUGCUGGAGUGGGUGGUGAGAACCUGUGACCCCUUGGGUGAAAUAAGAAAACUAGGCCUCUGUGGGAUUAGAAGCUAAGUACAAACUCUCACCCAUGUGAGAAUUCCACAGGUAAUUAGACCCCUUGUCCCUACAGUUUCAUAACAGCAUCUGGGAAGCUGAGUGGCUGUAUUUUUUCUUUUUAAAAAAGGUUCUUGUAAUUAAAAAAAAAAAAAGGCUUGCUCAGAAAUGCAUGUAAAAUUUAAAAAUACUUUAUUUCUGCUACUACAGUGGCUGAAGUUUCAGCUUGUUUUUGUUGAGGUCUGGACCCAACCAUGCUGGCUGUACCUGUGCAGUUAGUAGGACUGGUAGCUGUGAUUACCAUUCACUUUCACCUGGAGUCUGUUUAUUACACAGAAUUUGAGUGCUAUAGAUCUGACAUUUAGCUUGCAUUUGUCAGCAUGAAACCUAGGAUCCAACCAGUUUUCUAACUUCAUGUUUUUCAGUAUUAUUUCUCUACUUUAUAACCUUAAGUAGUGUUAUAUGCAUGGUUUUGUGUUAUUAUUAGCUGAGUGAGCUAUUUAUUCUGGAGAGACAAAGAGACUAGAAGUUUUUUUAUGUUAAGCUUAAUUCUUUUCUUUCCCAAAGGGGCGAAGCCCUAGAAAAACACAGGAAGGAUUUAAAUUUGCAACAAAUAGCCUGUUCCCACUAUGUGUUAUUCUGCAUAUUCCACAGAAAAGGACCUUAUAAAGUGAACUAAUAUUGCCCAAGUUUUGAUUUGUUUCUUUAAUGACUGCUUAAAAGCAGCAGCUUUCAAAAUAUUUUUUUCACUUGUGAAUUCUGCAGGGAUCACAGAGGUGUUUUGGCGCGGUUCUGAGAGCAGGUGUUUACACAGAGAUUGAGGGUGGCAGUGCCAGGGCCUGCCAGACACCUUGUUUCGGUCAGGAUGGGGGGAGCAAGCUCUGCUCCUGCCCAUCUGUGGGAGGAGGAACAGCCCCUCCGGGCAGCAAGGCUCGCCUUGUUCCAGCAGCACAAGGGCAAUAGUGGCAGCGUGGUGGGAAUUCCCAUAGGCACAGGCGCUGUCCGGCAGAAUUAAAGCAUCAGGUAACUGGGCUUGCCCCCUCGAAGCAGUGCCUUUCCUCCAGCUGUAGCUGUGGCCCCCUCUGUGGGAUUUCAUUCCCUGCCUGCCUGUCCAGAGUAGCAAACUCCCAUGAUGGGGUGCGGAGGGGUAGCACGUGUCUGUGUGCUGAAUGCAUGGCGUUUCUUAUGGAAGGGGAACAAGUGUACCUGGAAAGGCCUUCCCUCUCUGGCCCCUUCUUUUGUGUAUAUUGGGCACAUUGUCCAAAAUGCAUCCCAAGGGACUCCUCUCCCAGCUUUAUGCCCUGUGGUGGCAGCAUGGCUGUCUUGGAUCUGGUUUUGUGUUAGCACGUUCAGUGUAUCAGAAACUGCUCUCAAGUGUACCAGUGACAUUCAUGUGAGCUAAAUAACUUGGUUUUUUUCUAAAGACGUGCAAGAGCCUGCUCAAAGAUGCUUUGCUUCCUGUCCUAGAUCAACACUUCUUUCAAAACAUGAAAGGUGAAAGUCUAUGCUAGUUAGUAACCUAAAGACUUAAUUUACUUUCUCACAUCAUCUGAAGAGUGCAGCUCCUUUUCCUUUCACUGUAAGCUUGUUGUAAUUAAAAUAAACGCCAAUGUAUCAGCUGAAUUCAGUAUCCACGGUUAAAACCUCAAAACAAUGCAACAUUGAGUGUCAAGCCAUGAGACAGACUGCAAAGCAAGCUGCACAAGCAUAACCCAUGGCACAAGGUAAAGACUUAAGUCACUGAAGUUGAAGACACUCAAGCCAACAAUCAGCUUGCCUAAAUAAUCCAGAAAUUCCAAAUGAUUCUUUAGCUCCCCCCAUCCCUUCCCCCCAAGACAGAAAAUUCAAGAAAGAAAAUUUUUAUUUCAAAUAAUUUCAGAAAUGCCCAAAGAUGGUAAGUUUUCCUCAUGCUUUGCUGACAUCAUCAACCAGUUCAGUCCUUUUAGAAAGGUGGAGAACAAAUUUGUCUGAGAAGUUUUUGUUUGAGCCCACAAUUGUAAAUGUUGCAUUGACUUGCUCAGAAUUCCAUGAAAGGAAUUGAAUAUUCAGUCUGUAUUUUCCAGAACUCUCUCUGAACAUGUGGUUUCUUUUAAUUUUCAAAUGAAGUGGUACUACCCCAUCAAUUUAACAUCCACUUUAAUAAAUUUCAUGUUUAAUGUGGUAAGCCUUCCAAAAAAUUGCUAAUUUAUUGCUUUCUGUACAAUUUAAGUGGAUGUAAAUAACUAAUCUUGGACACAGUAUACUCAACGUUUUUUAAUGAAGUGCUCAAGAACAGGUUAAGCACUGUAAUAAAAUUUCCCUUUUUUUUUUU